AUGCGCCCCGCCAUGUCGGCUGACGGCACAGACACACCCAAAGACACGGACGAAGGGGUGACGACGCCGGCCAUCAACUCACGACAAUCGAGCCCCAGUCUCAGCGACGCCUCGGACUCAUCCAACAGCGACAGCGAACAGCCCCCAGCCAAGAAGAUAGAAUGGUUGGUCACGGGACGAGGCAAGCGGUCCACGGCGGGCAACCGGAUGAAGUCGAUGCUAGCCAACGAGGAGCCCGACUCAGAUCUAGAGCUGCUCUUCGCCGAGGAAGACGACGACCAGGGGUUCACAGAUGUAGGGGAUGACGCGUCAGAUGUGCACAUGGACUCCUCAUCCGACGACGAGGACGAUGGCGCCGACGUCGGUGGCGACGAGGAUCUCGAGGGAGAAAAGGAGCUGGAGCGCCAGGCCAAGGAGAAGAAGGCUGCCCAGAGGAAACGCAAAGCGCAGGAUGCGAUUCCUGCCAAAUUCCGCAAGAAGAAGGUCCGGAUUGCCCGUCCUGAAUCUUCCGCCGCGACGACACCCACAUCCGCGACGACACCAGUGCCCCCCGCCGGCACAGCAGCGCCAGCGCCACGGCUAAAGAAGAAGUCCGAGAGGGCCUCAUGGCUCCCCACAGCAGCAGACAUGCCCACGCGCGCCUCGUCACGGCAGACCACCCGCCUCUCAAAGGAGCAGCUUCACGCGCAGAUGGAGGAGCGCGAGGCCCGUCGGCUCAAGCAGUUGGAGCACAUGCAGCGCAAGGCGGAACGACGCGAGUCGCUCAAGAAGCCGCCCAUGACGCAGGAAGACCGGCUGCGGGAGGCGCAGAUAGUGGAGCACCGCAACAGCAAGAGCCUCAACCGAUGGGAGGAGGCAGAGAAGCAGCGGGAGGAGGAGAGAAGGGCCAAGCUGGCGGCUCUGCAGGAGCGCACGCUCAAGGGUCCCGUGAUUACGUUUUGGAGCGGCACCCGGGCGUGGAAGGACGGCGGGGUGGCCAAGUAUGUUGUUGUCGAGGAGAAGCCGAAGCGCAAGGAGAAGAAACCGAAAAAGAGCAAGGGGGAGGAUGGCAAGCCCGACGAGGCCAGGACGGAUGAGGAACAGGCUACUGGCGACAGCGCAGGCAAAGAGAAUGCUCCUACUUCUACUACUUCUACUACCACUAUGGAGAAGCCUGCUGCUUCCGCCCCAUCCGACCCAGCGACUGGUCCCCCCGCUCCGUCUGUGCUUGCGAGCCCGGAGGGUGUUGAUACGAAACGGACUGGCUCGUCUGCGGAUCUUCCCACUCCUGGACCCGAUUCUUCUUCAGAAGGAGCUGCUGCAACUACGCUGCCAUCCCAGGACGUUGCGAAAACAGAAACGACGUCUCAGAAGGAGGUCCAGUCAAGGUCGACGGUCGAUGCCGAGGAGAAACCAGCGGACCAGUCGCAAAUGGCGGAGGCUUCCAAGGAGCUGCAGUCAGAGUCAGCAACCCAGAAAGAGCAACCACCGCAGCCAGAAUCCACAGCCGAAGACAAGGACAAGGAGCAAAGGCCACAAGAAGAAUCUCCAGUCGACGAGAAGAGGUCCCAGCCAGAGUCAGCAACCACACAGGACCAGCCACAGCCCGAGACCGUCCAGGCUGACAAGCCCCGGCAAGAGGUCCGAGCCGAACAAGACGCAGCUGCCGAGGAUGCCGAGCCGCGCACGACAGCUACGCGCCGCACAAUCAUUUACCAGAACUUCGAUGAGAAUGCCAUCCGGGACAAGACGGUCCAGACGCAGAUCCUGUUUGGCAGAAAGAUGACGAAGCUAUCCACCCGGUACCGUGACCCAAAGACCGGUCUACCCUUCCACAACGCCCUGGCCUACAAGGAGAUCCGCCGCCUGACGGGCGGUGUCUACCGCUGGAGCCGCACCAUUGGUGCCUGGGGCGGUAGCGCCGACGCAGCGGCCAAGGGCCACCCCCCGCGGUUCUUGGCCCCUGCGGAUCCGGAAGAAGAGGGCAGGAAGAAGGUCAGGCAGCGGCAGGUUCAGCAUGUCAAGGACGUCAAAGACAAUGACAAUCACAAGGACAAGGACCCUGUCGAGCAUGAGGAAAAGGAGGGGCUGGACGGCAAGGACAAGGGUGAAAAGGCGGAGGAAGAAGACAAGGGCAAGUUACACACACAGAUACGAGUACAGGAAGUUCGGAACGUGCCAGAUGCCGACGAGAUGCAAGUCGAUCAACGCAGCAACACCUCGUCGGUAUCGAUGCCCAAAGUCAAGACUUGA